UGAUUGGCGUAUAAAUGUUUAAGACACGAUCUGUUCUUCAUCGGAAAUAAAGGUCUCGACACGUGAUUUCGCAAUUAUAAAGCCACACAUCCUCUUCACCUCGGCAGGUAUUGCUGUCGAUGUCACGAACGAAGUAGCUGAGAUGAGAAAAUCGAAGAAAGACAGUAAAGUUGCAGACGAAAAGGAGAGCUCAAGGAAGCCGAAGGGACGCCGGGAGAGGUUUUGUAACCCUUUUAAGACUUCGAAGGAUGAGGAAUAUCCUGAUGGCAAAUACGAUCUACCUCUGGUCGAUUAUCAACCCGUGGCAAACCCCGAUAGGACCUUUACGUACGAUGAUGGCGCUCUGGAAGUCAGCGACACUGGGGUAACCUCUGUGUCACCUCGUGCUCUGAAGAUUUUUGAAGCUAUUCGUGAAGAUGAAGUGGAACUGGUCCUGGAAGAGCUCAGUAACCUGCAAGACACUCACGAGAUCGACAAGAAAGAUGGCCAUGGCUUCGCCCUUAUUCAUGUUGCAGCACGAUACAAUUUUAACAGAAUCGUCCACACUCUGUUAGAUUAUGGGGCAGAUAUAAACAUUGGUACCAGUCAGUUUAAGUGGACGCCUCUACACUUAGCCGCCAGGUUCAAUGGUCUCUCCACUGUAAACGUUCUUUUGCAACGAGGAGCAGACCCAUCCAUUAAAGGUAUCAAAGGAAGCACCCCACUGCACUUCGCAGCGCUCCGAGGAAACGAAGAGAUCGUAAAAGCUCUUCUGGAGCAUCCUUCAGUAAAGAUUGACGAAAAAGAUGGCUCAGGACAAACUGCUUUGCACCUAGCUUGCGGCGAAGGACAUAGCAAAGUUUCCCAAGUUCUCAUGAAUUAUGGAGCAGACAUUAGGGCAGUUUCGGCGGACCGGUCGACACCCCUCCAUAAUGCUAUUGUACAUGGACAUUCGCAGAUCGCAAGACUUGUAUUUAGGCGAGCCUCAGACAACGAUGUUGACACUAACACAAAGGAAAUGGUGGACAAUGAAGAUCUGCAGAAUAACACAGUUCUACAUUUGGCGGCGUGGAAUAAUGAUGUGAUAACCGCUGAACUUUGUCUUGAAAAUGGCGCUAACGUCAACUCGAAGAAAUGUGACGAAGCUAGUGCACUACAUUUGGCUGCAAUCCGAGGGAACCUAGAGGUGGCUGAGUUGCUGAUAUCUCGAGGGGCUUUUGUUAACGUUAAAGACGGAGACUCCAAAACCCCUCUUCACAGGGCGGCUAUGUUCAACCAAACCAAAUUUAUUGAACUUCUUUUGGCGAAAGAUGCCAAGCUAAAUGCACGUGAUGGCGAAGGCCGCUCGCCAUUCCUGAAUGCAGUUGCUGCCGGUCACGUUGAAGCAGCCAGGGCUCUCCUCCAACAUGGAGCUGACAUCUCUGCAACUGAUUUGCUCAUGAAGACUUGUGUUCACCUCGCGGUAGAGAAUGAACGGCUCAAGAUGCUUGCUAUGCUUUUAGAGACUCGCGCGGGUACUAACAAUUUGUCCAAAGCAGAUCUGUGGGAUAGGGUCCCUUUACACAGUGCUGCCAUUACAAAAGACAUAAAGAUUCUAGAGCUGAUAUUAUCCAAGCAGAAGCAAAUGUCCUACCGAGAUGUGAAUCAGAAAACCCCUGUCCAUCUCGCUGCAGAAUCGUCUUCAUCUAAACACGUUGACUUGUUAAUGAAGCGGAUGUGUGGCGUUAACGAUCGAGACGACCUUGGGCGAACCCCCCUUCAUUGUGCGGCCAGGAAAGGACAGCGGAAAGCUUGUAUAGUACUCUUGAGUAUGGGAGCUGAAAUUAACUGUAGAGACAACAAUUUCCAAACUCCGUUGAUGUUGUCAGUGAAGGGAAACCACGCCAAAUGUGCCGAGCUUUUGCUUGACCACAAAGCUUCUGCUGACCUUUGGGACAACGAUGGUGACACUGCAUUACACAUGGCAUGCGGGCAGGGGCGUGGAGCUAUCGUGGAACUUCUUCUGGACCGCGGAGCAAGCGUAGUGCUAUUAAAUAAUAGAGAUCAUGCAUGUUUGGAAACGGCAGCUAAAGCGGGCUCCUGCGAGGUCGCCAUGGUAUUUGUGAAGCACAAAAGGUGGACAGAAUUGGAAAAUUACAAAACAUCAACAGGCCAAGAUGCCAUGUCACUCCUUGUUGAGAAUUUUCCAGAUGCAGCUGAAGUUUUGCUCAAUCAUUGCAUGCAUCACUCUCCGCGCCUCAACGUUUCCGAUCCAGACUUUGCGGUUACGUAUAAUUUUAAGUAUCUGGAUCCUGGCCCAAACGUUCAAGAUUGCCGUAGAAGAUCCAGAUUCUCAGCUCUUGAAGCCAUGAUCAAGCACAAUCGGCAGAGGCUCCUUCUUCAUCCACUCACGCUGAAGUUCAACCAAAGGAAGUGGAGCACAUUAGGAAGAUAUGUGUUCAUCUCCGAUUUUUUCACGUACCUCUUAUUGAUGAUACUCAUCACUGCAUUUAUAGUUGUUCAAAGGGAGGGCCAGAAUUUCAGACCAGUGAACAGAAAAACCCCAAGGCCAAGGCAACUUAAUAACGCGAUGGAAGAUGAUGAAGACGACUACAAGCCUAAACCCUCCGACAUUUAUCCGACGAAAACGCCUUUUACGCAAGCUGCACCAGUCAUAAUUAUGAUAUUAUCCUUAUUCCAUAUCAUUAAAGAAUUUUUCCAGAUUUAUGUUCAACGCUGGAAUUACUUUAAGGACGCGUCCAAUUACCUUGACUGGAUUCUAUAUUUCUCUGCUGCAAUUUUUAUGGUUCCCUAUCUAACUACUGGAGAAAACCUCGACGACUGGUUUGCAAGCAUUUCUGAUCCACGCUUACUCUGGACAACUGGAAUUUUCGCAAUCUUCGUGUGCUACAUGAACAUGAUGCUCUUUCUCAGGAGGUAUCGUUUAUUUGGCACUUACAUCUCAAUGUACAUUGAAGUGACUAAGACGGUUUUCCAGGUGUUGCUGGUUUUUAUUUUUCUCCUCUUUGGGUUUGCCCUGGUGUUCCACAUCCUCUUCAAAGAGCAGACUGGAUUUCACACCGUGCAACACUCUUUACUGCGUGUAAUGGUUAUGAUGAUUGGGGAGCUGGACUUUGGUUCAAUCUUCAUUGAUUCAAUCGGUGAAUACAGGAACGAUAACAAAGAGCGGCCGUUAAAUCCAUUUCCACAAGUUGGGUUCUUCUUCAUCUUCCUAUGUUUGAUUUUACUGGCCAUUGCACUCAUGAAUCUCUUGGUCGGUUUGGCUGUUGGGGAUACUGAGCAAAUGAAGAAGUUUGCAACAGUGAGAAGAUUGGCCAUGCAAAUUGAGUAUCAAAUUGCAAUAGAAGAAGCCUAUCCUUCCUUCAUCAUCCGCAGAGUCUACCAGAUGGUUUACGUCGAAAAACCAAACAAACACUCGAGACGCAAAAGAGUAAUAGACUGGUUAUAUGCAUGGAUUGAUGAAGCCACUCCAGAGCCAGUUGAUGAUGAAGACAGCAAGCCAAAUGAACUUGCCGUGCUACACGAAGAGAUGACGAAGAACAAGAAAAGGAUCAAGACGAUGAUGGAAAUGCUAGAAGCACAAAACAAUUUGCUUAGAAGUCUAGCACACAGAAUAGACCCCAGUUUUGAGCUACCGCAAGGGAAUGAGAAGGCCAGGGGAGGACGUCGCAUGGAUGGUGUGGAUGGUCCAGAUGGCAAACAUGGCCCAUCACGUGAAGGAGGAACAGAAAGCGAAGUACCGACGGAUGACACAAGCGCAGAAUUCACAAGGGAAGACAAGGCAUCAAAUUCUCUCUUCGAGGGUGGCUUGAAUUCCUACGCCUGGAAGCUGGUGAUCCAAGAAAACCCGGCAACAUUGCUGCGGCUAAGAAAUAUGUCGAUCAAAAAUAACCUCCGAAAUAAAUACCUACUUUCACCGAUGGAAGACGAAACCAAUGGAAACACUAACGUCGGUGAAGACCGAAAGAAAGCUCCUUUCGUGAGCAAAGAGAGACUAAAUUUGGAAAUGAGCGAACUUGGAAAGCCAGUUAUCUCUCGAGCCACCGGUUUGUUCGAAGCUGUGCGCGAUGGUAUAGUAAACGUUGUCAGUGAACAGCUCAGCCGAAAGGGAAAUGCCAAAACUAUUGAUAAAUUAGAUCAGUCGGGACUUGCGAUGCUCCAUCAUGCAGCACGUUAUGAUCGAGUUCACGUCGCUAAAUCGUUGCUGGAGCACCACGCACGUAUCGAUGUUCUAACCAGAGAAGAAAACCUUACACCGCUUCACAUCGCUGCAAGAUUCAAUUGCACGGCAACCGUUCAGUUGUUGAUUGAAAGAGGUGCCAACCCCGCUUUAGCAUCAAAAAAUGGUAACACGGCGUUACACUUCGCAGCACGCCGAGGGAAUGAUCAGGUGGCAAAGCUUUUGUUACGUCAUUCCAAAGUUGACGUCAAUUCGAAGGACUCCUCUCAUAUGACUCCACUACACUUGGCCUGUGUUAGUGGAAACAUGGCCAUUUCAAAGAUGCUUCUUGAAGAGGGGGCAGAUAUACGGGCUAAAUCGACGGAGCUAAUGACCCCUCUUCAUACUGCAGUGUACAAUGGCAACUCCGCAACAGCUUCUCUUAUUUUACAAACUGCCACUGAGAGGAGACAAAAUAUCACUGAGCUUGUGGAAGACCGAGAUAUAAAUAAUAACACAGUCUUACAUCUAGCAGCUGGAGCAAAUGAUCUCAAAACAGGGAUGGUGUGUCUGCAAAAUGGGGCAGACAUAAACGCACUCAAAUCGAAUAAUGAGACAUCUUUGUACGUGGCAACAGUGAAAGGAAACUUGCAGAUGGUAAAAUUAUUGUUACAGAAAGGAGCUGAUGUAAAUAUUAAAAAUGCUGACUCCAAAACUGUUCUUCACAGGGCGGCUGUGUUCAACCGUGAUGACAUAAUUUCCUUUCUUCUCGAUAACGGAGUAGGUUUUGACACACGUGAUGCACAAAGCAAUACGCCUUUCCUAGAUGCAGUAGCGGCUGGUCAGACAAGGUGUGCUCGAGUGCUUCUCCAAAGGGGAGCUGACGUCAAAGCAUCUGACAUCUUCAUGAAGAACUGUAUUCACCUGGCAGUGGAGAACGAAAAUUUGGAAACACUUCAAAUGCUCCUGGAGGAAAAUUCUGUUUUAUCCAACCUUUACAGGCCAGAUGUCAACGAGAGAGUUCCGUUGCAUUAUGCAGCUACGGUUAAAGACAUCAGGAUGAUGGGUGCACUUUUGGACAAACAAACAAGGUUCACUUUCCACGAUGAAACGCAGCAAACUCCCCUCCACCUUGCUGCUCAGUAUGGAAUGUAUGAACAGGUGGAAGCACUGGCUCGUCGAAUAGCCUCUGGACUGAAUGACCGGGACGAAAAAGGAAGAACCCCACUUCAUUAUGCAGUCAUGAGUGGUCACAGGAAAGUUUGUCACACUUUGUUGAAACUUGGAGCGGACGUUAGCACUAAAGACAACAACUCCUGGACACCACUGAUGUGGGCGUCAAGCCUGGGCUGGGCAAAAUCAUGUCAAGAAUUGCUCGAUAUGCAAGCAUCUCCGGAUGACGUCAACAGUGAGGGUGACACUGCAUUGCAUAUUGCUUGUAAACAAGGUCACAUCGGCAUUGUAAACUUGCUGAUGGAAAAUGGGGCAAGUUUAACUGUUUGCAACACCCAGGGGCUCACGUGUUUAGAAGUUGCGGUUCGAACAGGGAACAGCGAUGUAGCCAUGGCUAUGGUAAAAAACUCAAGAUGGUCAGAAAUAAUGGAGCAUAAGGACAUGCAGGGCCAUACACCAAUGAGGCUGCUGAUAGAGCACUUCCCAGACAGUGCAGAGCUGCUGAUGGACAAAUGUAUCAAGCGAUCGGAAAUGACAAACACAAACGAUCCCCAGUUCUCUGUUACCUAUGACUUUCGCCUCCUUGACCCAGGUCCAGAUGAUCCGGCUUUUGUACACGGGAGGCGUUUUUUCGGACCCAUCACCAUGGUGAAACAUGAACAAAAGAAACUGCUUCUUCACCCACUGACACAGGCGCUCUUGAAUCAAAAGUGGUCGAAAUUUGGUCGAUUUAUAUACUACUUAAACUUUUUUUCAUACUUGAUCUUUGUUGGUCUCUACUCGGCUUUCAUUAUCAACGUAAGGGAAUUGCAGACGUUUUCGGACGUCGAAGUUUGCGAUGAAGAUGAGGAAUUUAGUGGAGAGCCUUUGUAUUGUGAACCGGCGUCGGAUAUUUAUGAAACAGUGACGGAUUUCAGCAUAGGAUUCUCAUAUGUAGUAUUUGGUAUUGCAGUUUUCCAUCUUGUAAAAGAGAUUUUACAGAUUCUGAUACAGAGAUUUAGGUACUUCACGGAUUUAAGCAAUCUACUGGAAUGGGCGCUGUACGGGACUACCUUCGCUUUCCUGUUGCCAUAUGUCUUGCCCGAUAAAGUCAUUGAUGAUUGGUUCAGGAAAAUGACAGAUCCUUUCCUUAUUUGGCAAGUUGGCGUCACCUCAAUAUUCCUCUGUUACGCAAACUUGGUUUUGUUUCUCCGUCGGUUUCGUAUGUUUGGAAUUUACGUCACCAUGUUUGUGGAGGUCACAAAGACAGUUUUUAAAGUCCUACUGGUCUUCCUCAUCUUUAUCUUUGGUUUUACAAUUGUUUUCUACGUCCUCUUCAAAGAGCUGGAUUCUUUUAAAAAUCCAGGUAUCGCCUUCAUAAAGGUGAUAGUGAUGAUGAUUGGAGAGCUUGAAUUCGAUGACACCUUCGUUGAGACUAUUGGAAAAAAUACCACGACUGGGGCACGAAAGAAUCCCUUUCCUGAAACUUCCUUUAUAUUCCUUACUUUAUUUCUAUUUCUGAUGGGCAUCGUUUUGAUGAACCUGUUGGUUGGUCUUGCUGUGGGAGAUAUUGAUACCAUUCAACAGAGUGCCACUCUAAAAAGAUUGGCCAUGCAAGUUGAGUUUGUAGCAGAGAUUGAGCAGAGCUAUCCACGGUUCGUCACACGGCGACUAUACCAUCCAACUGUAAUUUUGAGACCUAAUCGAUCCAGUCGCUUGAGAAGGUUAAUGGCUCUCCUUGGGUUUACAAGGUAUGCAAAACCUACCCGUGGCCCUCCUGAUAACGAAGAAGAAUCUAAGGCCUCCGAGUAUACUGAAGUACGAAAGCAGCUCGACAAAACUAAAAAACGCGUCAAGGCGUUGGUGAAUGUGGUCGAGGUUCAGAACGCAUUAUUGCGACGAUUGGCCAUGAAGAUUGAUCCCGAUGCUGAGAUGGAAAUAGAUGAGGUUAGACCCACUCUGGGUGACGAGCGGGUAGCGUUAGGCGAGGAUAUGUUCGAUGGACAGCCGCCAAAUGAGACCACCACUGAAACUCCCCAUUUUGAGUCACACAUAACGGCUUGCUGAUACUUUCAGCUGCUCGCUCAAAUUUGCACCACUUGACAGGUCUUGUGGGUAUGUUCACUUGCAAAAUCGUUGCCGUAAUUGGAUUUGUGCAACUUGAGUAAACAUAAUAUUCAGCAAUUCUGACUCAUCAAAAACUCUUCUGUUGGCUCACAUGUUAAGGUUAAUCAUCUGCUACUUGCAAUGUCGUUUAAAGAAAUAAUUGAAUUACUGGCUUGGUCAAAGAAAGAAGAGUAUCCAUGUAUAAAAAAGGCCUCAAGAGAACAAGGCAGAGACCUAGGAAUGAACUGAAAGAAGAAUUGUUUAGAUCGUUAUUUUAAUUCUUCCCACUGUUAUGACCACGUCGAGCUUCAUAUCCGUCUGACUGGCACAGAUGUUUAAACCGCUCCAAAUGUUUCCCGCGAAAUAUUUUCCUAGGAUAAAAAUACAAUUUUUUUGGCUGAGACGAAACGCCGCGACAAACUAACAACGAAGUAAUUUUUUUACAAGUAUUUGACAAUUACUAUUGUAUAAAAAAAAGCAAUUAUUUUAUAACAUCGCACUUGGAAAUGGUUCUUCAGUAAAGCACAUAGACAAAGCUGCUAAUGCUCACCUUGUAUUCUCAAACUGGUUGUGAAUAAUCAGUAAGUCGAAAUUACCCCUUUUAUGUUUAUUCGCACGGUUGACUUAUAGUUUAGUUUUCAUUGAUAAAUACAAAUUUUGUACUUUGGUAGUCUACUAAGCAGGGAUGAUGUACGAUGUUAACAAAAGUCAGUGUCAUCGUAAAACAAAGCUUUAUUUUUAUUAAAUUGGCUUUUCUCCGUUGUCAAAAAGGAAAAUGUCCCUGUGAUAUCUAUUUUUUUAGAGUAACAGUGCUAAAUAGAGUGAUUUGAAGGUGGGCGAUUAUUACCAAGCCUAUGUUUUCAACCUUUUAUACUACACAGGUAGCUAGUGCUUUUUGCGCGCGCUGAAUGGCUAAUUCGGAAGUAAAUAGCAAGUACUUUUCGCCUCCGAGCAGCCGAGGAAAUAUUAAUAGUGCGUCAAGAGUUUCAAUUCCGACCAUUUUUCGGUAUAUUGAACGACAUAAACUAUUUUUAGGUAUUUGUGUGAUAUAUACUAAAACAAUUAAAACUUGAGUGU